AUGUCAACUGAUUCGCUCGAACAGCGACUCUACGAUCUCCUACAGCCUUACCGCGAGGAGUGCUACAAGAAAGCCCCCAAUACCGCACCGGCAGUAGAAGAAGAACGCCUGCUUCUCAUACUUUGUGAGAACAUAUCAUUCAUCAUCCGCCAUAACCAGUCUUCGUAUGGCAAAAUCAUCGUUCCAAUCGAUAUCUCUGUCGGCUCUCGCAACUGGUCCACUAUGAUCAAAGGUGGCGGUGGAAUAGCUGGGAUGGGAAUCUUCGUCAAUGGGAACGGGUAUACACACACUGUUAUGCGCUGCUGGGCGAGGAAGGAAGACGGGAAAAGCGUAAUCGAGAUUCUGACGGAGGAAUGUGACAGGGCGCUGGCGAACUUCUUUCCCGAAGUGAAGGUGGAACCACACUGA